AUGCAGGGUGACGGAAUAGCUACUGGAUCGACCGCCGGAAGGGAGACCAGCGUGGUGUCUCUGUUGGCAUCAUCGGUAGCCGACGAUGCCGAGCGACUUGUUAUGAUUCGUUUGGCGGAGCUUGUCCGCGCUUACCGCACCUAUGGCCACACUCAGGCCACUUUGGAUCCGCUCUGUCUGCCACGCGAACCGCCCUUCCACCGCUUUAGCCCCAAGGAAGUCGAGGUUUGGUUAGCGCCGGAAACCUACGGGUUAACCGAAGCCGAUUUGUCACGUACCAUUCCUUCCGGCCUGCUUCCCGGUCACAUGGGGAGUUCGGCAACUGUAGCGGAAUGCAUUUCUAACCUACGCAAGAGCUACUGCGGCGACUUCACGGCGGAAUUCUCCCACCUGCCCGUAGAGGAGCAGCGUUUUUUCGUUGACAGGAUUGAGAAUCCCAGUGCCAUGGAUUUCACAAAAAAUGAACGCCUUGAGUUCUUCAGAUCCGUGGCAAGUGCAGUCAUGUUCGAGAGGUUCUGCACCAAGGCCUUCCCAACUGUCAAGCGGUUCGGUGCCGACGGUCUUGAGUCGAUGGUGGUAUCAUUGGACGUUCUAUGCAGCUUGGCAGAGUCCUCCGGUGUCGAUUCGCUUUUGAUGGGAAUGUCGCACCGUGGUCGCCUCAAUGUGUUGGUGAACAUUUUAAACCGCCCGCUCGACGAGAUGUUUGCCGAGUUCCGCGGUAAAAACUGGUAUGCAAAGGAAGGCAGCGAGUACUGCGGUGACGUUAAGUACCACUUUGGCUAUCGCAGUCGUCGCGGUUCGUUGCGUCUAGAGAUGUUGCACAACCCCUCUCAUCUGCAGUUUGUGCACCCCGUGGUUAUGGGUCAGGCUCGCGCACGUCAGGUAAAUUCGGGUUUGGAAGCUAGCAAGGUUAUUCCCGUGGUACUUCACGGUGACGCUGCAUUCAGUGGCGAGGGAGUAACUGCGGAGACUGUGCAGAUGUCCCGUAUCCCUGAGUACGCAGUAGGAGGAAUGAUAAACAUAGUCGUCAACAACCAAAUUGGGUUUACCACCUACCCCGCCGGUGGCGCCUCGACUCGUUACACCACCGACUUGGCGAAGAUGGUGGAAUCGCCCGCGCUCCACGCCAAUGCGCACAACGUGGAGGCCGUCGUGAUGGCGUCCCGCCUGGCCUACGAGUAUCGUCAGCGGUUUGGAAAGGACGUGUUUGUGAACUUGGUCGGUUUCCGUAAGUUUGGACACAACGAACUGGAUAUGCCAAAGUUCACCAACGCCGAGAUGUAUGCGCGUGUCGAAAAGAAGGAGGAUGUGUUGGUUGCAUAUCGCAAUUACCUGUUGGAGACCGGUGUGUUCACGGAGGCCGAGAUUUCCGCCGUCGAGGCUGAAAUUCAGGCCGAAUUCGACGCUGCUCUGAAACGAUCCAUUGAGGUGUCCGCCAUUGCGCCGCCCCCGCAGACCCAGGAGUGGAAAGCCCCCGCCAUGAGCUCGUCAUCUCCCGUGACCGGUGUGGAAGUGACCCGCCUGGUUGAGUUGGGCAAGGCAUUGAACGCCGUUCCGGAGGACUUCCAGCUUCACCCUGCUAUCCGCCGUAUUUUUAAGGAACGCACAAAGGCGAUAGACACGGGUGCCAACAUUGAUACCGGUCUGGCCGAGGCAUUGGCCUACGCAUCGCUCGCACAGGACGGAUUCCGCGUCCGUUUGGUAGGCCAGGACUCCAAGAGGGGCACCUUUUCACACCGCCAUUCGUUCGUGCAGUGCCAGAAGACUUUCCGGGUAUUCAACAUCUUCUCGAAUGUGCCGAAAGGGGAUCAGAUUGAGGUGCUGAAUUCGCUGCUUUCGGAGACGGCUGCUAUGGGUUUCGAGUACGGUUACGGUCUUGAGAACCCCCGCAUUCUGAACAUGUGGGAGGCGCAGUUUGGCGAUUUCGCGAAUGUGGCUCAGGCGGUGACCGACGAAUUUGUGGUUAGUGGAGAGGCCAAAUGGGGCCAGCAGUCGGCUAUGUGCCUGAUGUUACCGCACGGUUUCGAUGGGCAGGGGCCUGAUCAUAGUUCUGCUCGUUUGGAACGAUACCUGCAGCUAUCAAACGAGCCCGAGGAUAUGCAAGAAUUCCUGUCGCUCUCCAACGAUGAACACGCAAAGCGCGUUAACAUCGGCGUUAUAAAUUGCACCCGUUCGAGCAACCUCUUCCAUGCGCUACGUCGCCAGAUGCUUCGUGACUUCCACAAGCCGCUCGUAGUUAUGACCGGCAAGAAGCUUCUAAAGUUGCGUGGAACUUACUGCAGCUUGGAGGAGUUCGGACCUACCCAUGCUUUCAGGCCGGUAAUCCCCGCAACUGUGUCGGAUGUAUCUGCUGUUGAUACCUUGAUACUUUGCAGCGGGCAGGUCUACUUUGACCUGUCUGGUCGGGUGACUGAGCUCGGGAUGGGUAAUAUCGCCGUAACCACAGUGGAGCAGCUCUGCCCGUUCCCCGUCAGUGCCUUGAAGACGGAAUUUGAGCGCUUCCCCAACCUCAAGCGACUGGUUUGGUGCCAAGAAGAGCAUGCCAACGCUGGUGCAUGGGGUUACGCGUCUCCUCGCAUCGGCCACUUGUUGCGCCACAUCGGCUCCGGUUUACACCUGGAGUACGUUGGACGCGCCCCGCUUGCAGCUCCUAGCUGUGGUGAUGGAGCUACUCACAUCCUCGAGAUGCAGCGAGUUCUGUCCCAGGCGGUGCCGCAGCCUUAA